AGAAGUAAUCGAUAAGCAGUUGUCGAUAUAGAACUGUCAAAGUCUGGGAUGUGUAUAAUCUAUGGAGUGUGGUGUCUUAAACUGUCAUAUAUCUGUGACCAUUGUUAUAAUAUUUACUUGCUCAGUUUGUUACUGGAAUAAAAGACUGUAAUUACUUUAAGUAUUACCGUAUUCUAAUAUCUGCUGUAUAGUAAUAAAUAUUCAGGUAAAAGUAUUAUUAAUCUGCCAUUGAUAAUGUCUGUAAAGGAAAAAGAGUUCUUCGGACCGCUAACCCUCCAUCAGAAAGCCGAAGUUCCAUCGAUUUUCAAAAGCGAAGAAUCAUUUGAGUGUACCUGUGUUCUAUGUGAGGAUAAAUUUACAUUACCGUCGAAUGAGAAGCAAUUAUUAACUCAUUUGUUUAUGGAACAUCGUUUGGUUAUUGCUGAUGUCAAUCAAAUUGCGGAUUUGAAAGAAUAUUUGCGAUAUUGGCGCUUAAGGUUUAAAGAUGAAAGUCUACCCUAUUUCUGUUCGACAAUGUUACUUGACAGCAAGCCUGACGGUACAAAAUCUAAGGAUGAAGAAUAUUAUUUGCUAAGCGAUGCUUCCCCUGAAGAUAAAGAGCUUCGUACCAACCUGCAGCAUACAAAACUAGAGAAAUUAUUGGAAAGACAUCAAUUCGAACGAGAGGACAGAAACUAUGUCAGGGAAUGCCUCUUCUGCCGGAAUGUAUCAACAACAACCAGAGCAAGCUAUCUCAGUCAUUUAUAUGAAAAACACAACUUCCAUAUUGCUAAACCCGACAACCUUAUAUUCAUAGAUGAAUUAAUAAACACUAUUGCUACAAAGUUAGAAAACUUACAAUGUAUAUUUUGUGAAGGCAACUUCAAAGACCGCACAAUUCUGAAGGAACACAUGCGGAAGAAAGGACACAAGAGAAUCAACCCUGAGAACAAAGAGUAUGAUAAGUACUUUCUAGUUAAUUACAUAGGUGACAGGCAAUGGCCUAAACAACAUUACAGAUUAAACAAGUCCCUAAACGCAAGAAAACCUAAAGACUUUGAAAACGAAUCUAACCCUGACAGCGAUCCAGACUGGUCAGAGUGGACAGAAGAGAAUGGUCCAGCAAUAACAUGUCUUUUAUGUGAUCACACAGAAAAAGAAUAUGACAAAAUUUUAGAGCAUAUGGUUCAACAACACGAGUUUUCCUUUGCAAAAGCGACAGAGAACAUGGAUUUUUAUCAUAAAGUCAAGAUUGUCAACUACAUACGCCGUCAGAUACAUAUGAAGCAGUGUUUAGGUUGUGAGCUUAAAUUUGAUGACUCGAAGAAUUUGGAGAAACAUGUAAAAGAAAUGAAACAUUGGGUUCUAUGUAAGGAGAAGUGGGACCAACCUGAAUACUACUUUCCAACUUACGAAGAUGAUUUGUUCCUGUGUUUUAUACAAGAUGAUGACGAGAGCUGGUGGUCUACUGAUGAUCAAGAAGUUGAAAAUAAUAUGUCGGACAGUAUAUCUAAAGAAAUGGCAAUGGCUGUACUUAAUGACUGAGUAAUAUAAACUUAAUUGAUAAGGUCAAAAGUUUUAAAGUAGCUUGUCUCUGGGAAAAUAAUUUGGCUUUUGAUAGCACAAUUCUUGAGAAAACUCAUGGGUUUUUAUAACAAUGGAUGCUGAUAUAAAUCCUGUGAAACGGACCAGAAAGAGAGUGAAACCACGGUCUGCAUUAGUGGACUGUGAAUGAAUAAUAGACAUACAUAGGUAUUUAAAGUUCCCAUAAUGUUUACACUAAAGUUGAGGAUUCAAUUAAGGCAAACUGUUUUCGUCUAAGCAAAUUGGUACAUAUUAAAAAAAAACACUUAGCUUUAGUGUUAUAUAAAUUAUAAUAAUACUAAAAAAGGGAAAUAAUCUUGGUGUGACUUAUUACAAAAUAAUUCAAGUCAAAUAUUUCAGUGGCAUAUUUAAGUAGCCAAUAUUUUGUUGUUGUUACAUCGUUUUAUUUUAAACUGAGUUUUUAGAACAUUCAUACAAUAUUGACAAUCUUUUGUUAAGAACCUACAUGAUUGGAACUUUGGUAAUACUUUAUAUCCACAACAUAAGUACCUACUGAAAUUAUUACCUGUAGCUAUUGUAAAUUUGUAUUUGACUAAGAGAUUGGCAACAUCAAUAUCAGUCCUGUAUCAAAACAGCAAUAUGGUACCAAUAUGCAAAUGUUUGUAAAUGGUUGUGAAUACCAUAACAUUGGCCAAUGUUGGCAGUGCCUAAUUCUAUUUAUUAUUAAAUAAUAAUACUCUUCCUAUUGUUACCGUCAGAAUAAGAUUUAUUUUGAAUAUUUAUUGUUUAUGAAUUAUUAUAGUAUUAAUAAAUACGCAUUUUAGGUAGCACUUUAUUAAAUUUACCGGAGUGUAAUGAGUUUUCCGUAAAGAAGACAUUGUUUUUAAGUAUAUUCAAUAUAUAUAAUUGUUAGCAAAGAUGUGUAACAAGCUCUUUAAAAGUAAUAAGAUAGACAAUCUCAGCAAUAUUCGAUGUUUUUUGUGGUAGUAAAACGAAAUACAAACAGUUAUUUGGAUUUAGAAGCAAACUUCUGAAAGCAUACCGCAGUUUUAUUUCUAUUCAGCCUUAAAUCAGACCAAUGUGCUGCGCUCACGUUUGGUUCAAUAUUGUUAAAGUUGAUAUAACUUUCGUGAGGCGGGUAAUUAUUUUAUUUAAUAACGGUUUACUCACGCGUAAUUAUAGUAUAUGGAUGGCCCGACAAGUUUCGAAACCAACCGAAGUCCUUAAUGAUUUGCUAAUGCGGCAGCGAUUACACAAAAUGAGUAAACCGCUAUUAAAUUAAUAAAUAUUGCUAAAGAAGCCUGUCAAAAAGUUAGUUCAUAAACGGUCAUGGCUAUAAAUGGAAUGUGUAACGUAUUAUCCUAACUUAAUUAUGUUUAAUACCUGGUAUUGUUUUUCUUAACGAAGAUUUGACAGAACCUACUCAGAUGAUUCUGAAGUAUAAAAGUGCAAUACCUACAUACAUGUAGUACUUACCUCUGACAUAGUAUUUUAUGUUAAAAGCCAUGCAAUAAUGGAGAGGAAACCAAGUAGGAUUUUUGGAAAUAAAUGAAAUUUACUGAAA